AUGCCCUCUAACAAUGGCGUACUGGCUGCAGCCAAGGCUUUCCGAGUCUUGGUCAUCGGGGGCUCUUAUGGAGGUCUCGCCGCCGCAUUGACCCUUGUCGAUCUGUCGCGUGGCCGUGUACCUCGCUUCAGCUCAGAUCCCGAUGCCUUGCUUCCCCCGCAUCGUGUUCCAAUUCAGAUCACCGUCGCAGACGAGCGAGAUGGUUACUAUCAUCUCAUCGGUUCUCCGAAGGCUCUCGCUUGCGAAGAGUUCGCGUCGGAGUCAUGGACUCUGUUCCAAGACAUCCCCGCGCUGAAGUCUUCCAACAUCAAGUUCAUUCAGGGAAGUGUCAGUAGGGUCGACUGCGCGGCGAAGGUCGCCCAGAUCCUCGAAACUGAGACCCAAAGUACCCGCGCCGAGCCGUAUGAUUAUCUCGUUGUGGGAUCUGGGCUACGACGAGCCUUUCCUACCGUACCUCGGUCCAUCCAAAGAGCCGAAUUCCUGCAAGAGGCUAAGGGACACGCAGGCGACAUUCGAAACGCUCGUGAAGGAGUGGUGAUCAUCGGCGGUGGCGCGGUUGGCGUCGAGAUGGCAGCCGAGUUGAAGGUACUGGUUCCGGAACAAAAGGUCACCCUGAUUCAUUCUCGAAAGCGAUUGCUCUCGUCCGAGCCACUGCCCGAUGACUUCGCAGAGCGCGUAAAGACCAUCCUACACGAGAUGGGCGUUGAGGUAAUCUUGGAACAGAGAGUUGUCGACACCACUGCCGUGGAUGCAGACGGAGAGCGCUGUGUGUGGCGUCUGACUCUCAGUGGUGGCCAACAGCUCACCACUGGGCACGUUUUGAGUGCCGUCUCAAAGCCCAUCCCCACAUCGACGUAUUUGUCACCUGAAGCUCUGACAGACGAUGGUUACGUGAAGGUGCAUUCAUCAUUGCAAUUCUCCGGCAGUGUCCCCAACUCAGAGCACCACUUCGCCGUGGGUGAUGUUGCGGCGUGGAACGGUAUCAAGCGUUGUGGUGGCGCAAUGCACAUGGGCCAUUAUGCUGGCAAUAAUAUUUACCAGCACAUGUUCGCCGAGUGCGGUGUUGGGAAGCCGAGUUACAUGACUCUUAGCCCUUUCCCCAACAUGAUUGGACUGGCCCUCGGGCAUAAAGCCGUCAGCUGGACCCCGGAUGAAGGCACGCGUCAUGGUGCGGAUAUUCUGACAUCGUUGUUUGGGGAGGACAUGGCGAACACGACGUGUCGAAACUACAUGCGAUUCAGUGAGGCAUGUCAAGCAUGA